GUCCGUGUUACUAGGCAACGGCGACCUGCUCAUGGCUAGCUUGUGUUGUACGUGUGCUAGCUAGGCUAGGUGACCUGGUCCCGUGGACACAAACAUGGACGCUGAUGAUCUGGACCUGGACCUGGACCUGGACAAACUUCUGGACGAAGUGGAAGAAAAGUUCUGUCGCCAUGUUUCUGUCGCGUCGUCAGCUCGAGGACACGCGGACACGCGCGAGGAGGUGGGGCAGAAGAGGCACACGCGCAGUGUCCAGAAAAACAGCAUCAGCGAGGACAUUGACGCCCUGCUGGAAGAUCUGCUCGACGACCAGCAGCACAGGGACACAGCUCAACCGAAGAGGGAACAGAUUCCAGGAGAGAAGAAGCCGUUGUCUCAGUCUGGAUGGAGAAGGUGCUGUCCCGUCUUCAUCGGCGGAAGUUCACUCACUAACGGUGUUGGAACAGCCACAACCAAGAGGUCAUGUGACCAGUUGAGGUGUGUAUCCUGUGACUUCGGGGUGCUGAUGUUUGACGACUGCGAGUGGGAAGCAUCCUGUGAUUACCUGUUCUUCAGAAACAACAUUCCGGACCGUCAGAAGCUCCAAACCAAACUGAAGAGGAAGAGAGGUUUCCGGGCAUACGCCUGCCAGUGCAGCUGGUUCUCCUCCUCCUCCUCCUCCUCCUCCUCCUCCUCCUCCUCCUCCUCCUCUGAGCUGACAGAGCUCAGGCUCCAGCCUCAGCUCAGAUGGGUCUGUGGAAAACACCAGGACUGACGUUCACUCCUUCUGGAACCAGUGAUGUCACAGACGGGACAGCUGAGGGAAAGUCGCUGAUAAACCGUAAUAGGACGGAAAAGGGGCACGACCUGAGGGUGGCGCUGUAGCCACUCCCAAAACCAGAACCUCCAACUUCCACAGGAAACUCGGCUGCGUCCAUGUGUUUGUGAGGUCGCUGUGACCUGAGCAAACAAAGGACGUCACGUCCCAUUUUUCAUGGAAAUGAUCACUUUUUUAGGGACGGCACAAUAUUCUGUGUCUGAUAUUAACAAAUCAUUUACACAUGAUUCAGCUGGCUUUAAAAAUGUACACACACACACACACACACACACACACACUGUGAUCCGUGAUGGUGAGUUUGACUUCUGUAUUUAACACAAAUUGUUGUUUUAGCUGAAAGUAAUAAUAAUGUAAUAUCUGAUUAUGAUACAAGUUAGAUAUUAUUUCUUUAAAUUAAAGUGAGAUUGUCUUUGUGGUGGAAAAACAC